ACCAUAAUCCUGUGUAUUUUCCGCGUGUCAACACUAUGUCCGCUGCUAGCAUGGCAUGCUUUGUGGACACCCUUGGCCACUCCCACGCGCGCCUUUGUGUCUCGAUCGCAACCCUGUGCCACGAUCUUGGCAUUGACACUGCCAACUCAUGCAAGGCCUGCCUCUUGAGCGUCCCAUGUUGCGCUCGCGCGCUCCAACGCCUCAAGCCAUACCGCACCCAUGUGUGCCAGUGUUUUGACCUAGGUUGCUUGUGUGUGCACCCAUGUCUCGGGCCAGGACACUCUUGUGCACACCCGCACAUUGCCCCCGACUGCUCUUGCAUGCUUUCACGUGUCUUGUCCGCAACUUCACACCACGGCCCCAGUAUUCACGCCUCCACUGGCAAGGCUCGCUGCGUCUUGAGUGUUCCACCUUGCACCUCUGCCCUCGGGUGUCUAAGUGUCGUAAUUGCAACCCCAUGUCGCAAUACAAACACCUGCGUCUUGCAUGCCCGCGUCCACGCUUCCGCUUGCACUCGUGCUCAUGCUCACACCUGCCCUUGUGUCCGCGCUCACACUCCACGACGCUGCAUGGCAUGUCCCCUAGACGCUACACACUCCUCAUGUGUGCCUGUGGCUGUAGCUCCGUGCCAUGAUGCCCUUGACUUCGGCCCCCAAACUUGCAUGCCAUGACAUAAUGCUAGAUUAGUGAAGAAUAUAUCAUUUUGAUUAAA